AUGGACUGCCUUCGAGCAGGUGUACACAGGGCUACUCGAGCAGGUAUUCAUGGCAGCCAGAUACAUGGUACCUAUAGUAUUGUUAUUAGUGGAGGUUAUCAGGACGACUAUGAUAAGGGGGAGACUAUCAUCUAUACCGGAGCCGGAGGCCAGGAUGUAAGUACCAAUGAACGUACGCAUAUGCAGACGUCAGACCAGAGGCUGGAUCACCCUCAUAACGCCGCAUUGGUGGUGAGUGCCUUUGGUCAUAGGAGAAAAGUCCGGGUCAUCAGAGGGUCUAAAUUGGGUUCAAAAUUCGCUCCUGGCACCAUGUUUGUGUUCUACCGCUAUGAUGGGCUUUAUACCGUCACACAUGUAAGUGUGCAUUACAUUGCUGCUCUCAUACAUCACAGAGCUGAUCUGGUUUGGGCGUGCAGUUCGAGCAGAGGAAAGGUAUACACGGAUUCGACAUAUGUGUCUUCGAGCUCAAGGUAA